AUGUUCAAAUUUGCAGGAAAUGUCAUCGCACUAUGUUUGUUUCUAUCACCAACGCCAACUUUUAGAAAGAUCGUGAAAAAGAAGUCAGUGGAGGAAUACUCACCCAUACCGUAUUUAGCCACUCUAAUAAACUGUCUCGUUUGGGUUCUCUAUGGACUCCCUAUGGUGCAUCCGGACAGCACGCUGGUCGUUACAAUCAACGGUGCAGGCGUCCUAAUCGAAGUUGUGUUCAUAACCAUCUUUUUCGUUUUCAGUGGCCGCCCAAAACAGAGAUUGGUAAUAGCCGCUGUUUUAGCGGGUGAAACGCUCUUUGUGGCUAUUCUCGCAGUCCUGGUCUUCACUUUACAACACACUAUCACAGAACGUACGAUGAGCGUUGGAAUCAUAUGUUGCGUUUUCAACGUGAUGAUGUAUGCUUCUCCAUUAUCUGUUAUGAAAAUGGUAAUAAGAACGAAAAGCGUGGAGUUCAUGCCGUUUUGGCUGUCGUUGGCUGCGUUUCUAAACGCGGGUGUUUGGACAGUUUAUGCACUCAUGCCUUUGGAUCCGUUCAUAGCUAUACCAAAUGGAAUUGGAUGUGUAUUUGGGCUGGCUCAAUUAAUAUUGUACGCUACAUACUACAGUUCCACCAAAAGAAUGAUGGCAGAAAGACAACCGAUGAUAGGCUUAUCCAGUGCGGUUGUUCAUACUGGAUCUGAGAAAGUUGCACAACAAUCAGCUUAG